UAAUUAAAAGACAACUUAGAGUUUUUUUUUCUAUUGUAAGUUCCAUGAGACAAUUUAAAAGCUAAACAGUUUAUUUACAACCAUAGACACGUUAUCAUCUCGUGUAUUAAAGUUUCGUCGCUUUGAGAGAUGAGAUUAAAGUGAUAAUCCUCCAUCUUUGUCACUCACUUUCUCUCUCAGUAAAUCAUUUUCUCUUUUGUGUAUUUCAAAUUAACUUUAACAUAGAUAAUCCAUUCAACUGUAAACCAUUUUGAUAGUGUACACACAGCAAAGUACAUACAUAUAUAAAAUCAACUAGAUCUUCUUAUUUAUUAUUAUUGUGUUUUUUUUUCUUGGUCAAUUCAUCAAAUGUAUUUAUAGUUACCAAUUGAAAGUUUUUCUUCCCAAAGAGAUGUUACCAAUUCUUGUUGCCACUGAGAGAAAUAUUCAAAGUGAUAAUAAUAAUGAACAACAUCAACAAUCUCAAUCACCACAAGGCAACCAGCAACAUUAUCCAGCCUUUAAUCAUCUCUAUCAACCAUCAAAUUCACAGCAACAACACCAACAAGCAUCCACAUCACUUAGUGCAAUUAUCAAUGAGAGAGCCUCAAGUAACUAUCAAACCUUUAAUAGUGACAAAUAUGACAUCGGCUAUAGUGACUCGGACUAUCCAAUUAAGGACGAUGAAAUUACCACCUAUUGUACAAGUAAACAUCCAAAGAUCAAUUUCUUUUUCUUUACCUCGUUCUAUGUUGUUUUCCUCAUGUUUGGUGCCAUCAUUUUCUUGAUCAUUGAACAACCAAGAGAAAUUGAAUCAAGAGGUGAUCUCAUUUCUGUUCAGGAAUCAUUUCUCUCCAAAUAUCCUCAUGUUGAAGUGGAGGAUAUUAAACAAUUACUCACGGUGAUAUUAAAAGCUCAAGAAGAUGGUUAUUAUGUGCCAAUUGUUGGUGACGAUUUAGUUAUAAGCGAGGACCCGAUGAAUGAACAGACAGAGCGUUCGGAUGGUAAAGAUGAAGAUUCGUCUUCGCCAUCAGAUGAAACAACUCAAUCGCCACCGAGCGAAACUACAAGUAAAUCAACUUUACGAUUAAGAAAAUCUAAACCGAUUGACAAGUCAACAUCUUCUUCCCCAAUUUUGUCUCUAAAUGCAACCAACGAGGCCUUAGUUUCUUACGAAAUAGCCGAUGACCUAGAAAACAAGACGGCCAACAACAGGUCAACCAUUAAAUUAGCACCGAUCAGAUCAAUAACCAAUUGGCGAUUCAGUUCAUCCCUUUUAUUUGUCACCUCUCUGGUUACCACCAUUGGUUAUGGUAAUUUGACUCCUCUCACUGUUACCGGUAAAAUCACUUGUAUCGUUUUCUGUAUUUUCGGUGUACCUGCAACUUUGACCUUCUUUUCCACCCUGGUAACAAUCUUUGUCCGUGGUCCAGUUAAACGAUUAGAAGCUUGGCUCAUACGAAUAAUAAUCUAUCUUCAUCGAUCAGCUUCCGUUUUCACUGUUCGAAUAAUCCACCUUGUGAUAAUCACUUCGUUCCUAAUGGUUAUCUGCCUUUUCAUUCCGGCCUAUUUUUUUUACCUCAAUGAGGACGAUUGGACUUAUCUUGAGUCGUUCUAUUGCUGCUUCAUCUCCCUGACCACCAUUGGGCUAGGUGACUUUGUUCCAGGUAUCGAAGGGCCAGUUGCCGAUCUUUUGUAUCCUUUCGUUAUUGUGGUCUACCUGUUUUUCGGCCUCUCAAUGAUCAUGGUUUGGCUCGCCCUUAUUCAUCGUAUUCCACAAUUGAAUCUAUCCGAUGCUCUUGUUCCUGGUGAUAAGGAGGAAGAUAAAAUUGCUGAAGAAGAGAAUGCUAAAAAUCGAGAGAGACUUCGUAUUCUAACAAAUCAGUUAAUUCUUCAACAUCGAAUCAGAGAAAUAAGUUCAAUUCGACUUGAAGAGUCAAGUUUACAAAUUAAGAACAAUCAAUCACUGAUACCUUGAUCAAGUGAAGAAAAGAAUAUUAAUUAAUCACAAUCAUGCAAUGGAAAACAUGAAAGAAUUCGAGUCAACAAUUAACUAAAUCACAGCCAAAUUGCCUUGAGAUCAAAAUAUCUUUAUAUAAACACGAGGAAGCCUUUGAUCGGCGACAUUUCCUCUUUUUUAAUUUCCCUUUUACUUACACCACUUCCUCUUUUCCCUUUCGUCCUCACCUCGAACCAUCUAAACACCAACAACAAGCAAUUCGAUUCCCACCAAACCUUUACCCUUUUCAACCCUCGCCCCGACCUUACAACUGCCCAUUGUCCACUCUCCUAUUGUCUUAUCCUAUUUUUUGUCUCCUAUUUUCAUCCUAUUUUUACAUUUAUCUCCCAAUUUACUCUCUCUCAUGUCAAGUUUUCCCGCUUUUUACAAAUCAACAACUUCCACCCAAACACAAUUACCAACGAAUAUGAUUUAACAUAAAAUCAUCAACAAUCAAACAAUUAAAUUGGGUCGCAAUCAGAAAUGAAAACAAACACACUAAAUGGGAAACUUUUAAUUAAUACAAUUUAUUUGAUACAAUUAACUUUAAUUUACUUUAAACUAAGAAAACAAUCAAAUGAAUACACAUCUAGUUAAUCAUUUCCUAAAAAGUUAAAUUAUUUUUCUUAAUUUGUUUUUUUUAAUUCAACAUAACAAAAAAGUUCUAACUACUUAAUUAUUCAUAACUACUUAAUAACUUACCAACAAUCAAUGAUAACAAUAAAAUAAAACAUAAAUUGCUACAUUAAAAACUAAAGAUUAACAAUAAUUUAUUAUAAGUUUUA